AUGUCUGGAACGUCACUACUGCAACAACGAUAUGUUCCCGGUGCCCCCCCACCAACACCUCCUUCAAAAAGUCAAUUGAAGCAAAAAAGGAAGCAGGAACGGGAUGCCAUCAAAGCUGAAGAAGAUUUGCGUGCCGAUAUCCUUGGUAUCUAUACGACGAAACCCGAGAAAACACAGAAACAGCCCAAACCUGAACCACAACCGCCUGAGGAAAUCGACGAAUCGAAACUCCCUCCUACCCCUAUUACCGAUCGGGUUCUAUUGGAUCGGAUACGGGUGCUCAAGAAAAAUAUCUCGAAGUCAGAAGCUCUCGCUUCUCAAGGCGAUGUGCAGGGAGAUCAUCGAAAGAGAGACGUUGAAUCGCUUCCAAUCCACCGGGCUGUCCUCGAGAAGCUAGAGACGGUCCAGAGGGAUUUCAAGGCUGCAGAACGCGAAGCGGAAAAGAAGAGGGCCGAGGAACAGGCCGCAGAACUUGCUGCCAGGGAGGCCGAAUUCCAAAAACGAGAGAAGAAAGCUGCGAAAUCCAUCGAAACAAAAAAUCUCCAACAAGUCCGUUUGAUAGUUGCCCUCCUUUCUCUUUCCACCAUUCUUUCGGCCCCUAUUCCCUCCAUUCUUGGACGACUGCUAACCGUCGAUUGCCUAUGGACGAAAUUGAACGCAACGCCGUUAUUGAGGCGGGACCUUCUCAAAGGUCUUUUUGGAAGUAUUCCCAAUGAUGGUUUUGCUGGUAUUGACUCCCCUACACCCGUUCUACCUGCACCUGAAACACCUGUUGUAGCCCCUGAAGCCCCUGAAGCAGCGGCCGCAUCAGAAGCUGAGCGCAUACCGGAAGACCCCAUUGUGCAAGAACCGGUGGAAGCUCCCGCAGGAGCUUUCAUUCCUUCGACAGGUUCCUUUCAGUUUAUGAAUGCAUCGGAAUUGGAUUUGGAGACUCCAGAACAUGAUCAUUUGGUAAAUUCAACGGCUGAGUGGGUUCAGGUGCACCCUCCUCAUGAUCAGGUCGUGACCGAGCCGGUGAUAAGCGAGGAAGUGCAGAAGCUCGUUGAGGAAAUAGAUAUUCAAAAUGAGUCAGGCGUGGGCCUGCCCGCCGAGGCAGCCGUUGCCGUUCAACUACCUGCCGUCAAUUGGGCAGAUGACGAAGGUGGCCUGCCUGAUAUUGCACAAAUUGAGGAGAAGUUCGGCAGAUCAGGGGGUGUUGCGACGCCAACUACACCAGCGAUUCCUGAUCUCAUUAACUCUGGCCUUCAGGUUGAAACAAAUGUGAAUGGAAAUUCUGAACAUCCUCUCCAAGGACCCCAUAACGAAGGUCACCAUCGAGGUGGCCGAGGUCCCUAUAGUUCACGCAAUGGCCCACCACAGCCUGAUGCUGAUGGCUUUGUCCCUAUUCCUGAACGACGUGGUCGCUAUGGUUCUAACGGAUACAGUGGCGACAAAUGGACCGAUCACCGCGGCAAUGGUGAGCGUGGCGGCAACGACUAUCGAGACCGUGGCCGUGGUCGGGGUAACUGGGAAGGACGCGGUGGACGCGGUGGACGUGGCGGACGUGGUGGCGGUGGGUCAUAUGGAGGAGAACGGUGGGGACCCUUCUCUGGAAACGGCGGUGAUACGCAAAUGAGAGGAAAUCGUGCAGGGUAUCGCAGUUAUAAUGAGAACGGUCAUGGCGGGCGCGGCCGUGGACGCGAUUUCCAUCGCGGUCAACGCUUUGAAACGAGAGGCGGAGCCCCGGCUACCCUUGUGUGA